AUAAUAAUUUUAUGUGCUGAUAGAAAGAAGGUCGGUUUUGUGUUGUUUUGUUUUCACCUCUAAAUUACCAAAACCCAUAUCCCACCGACAAAUUCAAAUCACUAAACCAAAAUAACAAUGGAAAUUCCGGUGAACAAAAGCCAUAACAAAAAGCAAAAACACCACCACCAAUCCGCCGCCGUCACUCCCAAUCCACCCCUUUCCGAUUACUCCUUCAAACCCUCCGCCGCCGUCAAAGGCCUUCGAUUCGGCGGCCAAUUCGUCGUCAAAUCCUUCACAAUCCGCCGAGUCUGGCCUCUCGAAUUUCUCCAACUCCUUUCUCUCCCACCGCGCUACGACGACGACGACUGCAACAAACGACCUCCAUUCAAUUCCACAGCGGCCUUCCUUCCCACGAAUUUCACCAUCUUAGCGCACCACGCUUGGAACACGUUAACGCUCGGCCUUGGCACGAAGAAAUCAAAAGCGAUUCUGUUCGUGUUCGCGACAGAAGCUUUGAAGGCCGCCGCUGGUCGUGUAUGGCCGGCGGAAAUUGCAUUCGGGGAUGUAAAUCGACGGCUGAUUCGAGGAUUAAGCGGCUGCGAAAUGGCUAGGUUUAAAUUUAGAAAAGGAUGUUUAACUUUUUACAUCUACGCGGUCCGUGAAAAGGGCUGCUUCGGAUUCUCCGCCGCCGAUGAUCUGAAAACGAUUUUGCAGGCGGUUGUUUCGCUCAAUGAUUUCUUGGAUCAUACCGCCAUGCUCGCCUUGCCUAAUCAGAGAAAUAUUAGUUACAGCGGCGGCGGAAGCAGCUUUACGACGGCGCCGGUCGGCGUUGUGCAUUGAAUCUUUAAACCUCUGCUUGUUGUCUUUAUAAUCGAUCUCUGUUCUCAUCAUCAACAUCUUCUUCUUCGUUCAUUUUUUUUCUUUGAAAAAAGAAAUUUUGUUGUUUGACCUUUGAUUGAUCGUUGCAACUUUUUACUUUUCUGCUUCCGUUUGAAUCAUUAGAUUGGAUUAUUAAAUCUUAUAUCAGAAAAUUGAUCCGUUUAACAUCUUCUAGUUGUAAUUAGAUCAUCUAAUAAAGGGGAGAGUUCACGAAGCUUUUUUUCCACUUA